AUGGGAGUUGUGGAGGAUACUGAACCUCCUUUGAAACGUGCAAAAACGCUUGCUGACGAACCGAACGGCUUCUCUGGGAACUCUUCAGUUAGAGGUAGCAGUGUGAACAGCUCUUUGGGAGACCUGAUGGCAAGGCCUCUGACCUCCCAAGGGGAUGAGGAAACUAUCGGCUCCAAAGGAGUCAUUAGGAAAUCUGAAUUCGUUAGAAUAAUCACCAAGGCUCUUUAUUCACUUGGAUAUGACAAAGCCGGGGCUAUGUUGGAGGAAGAAUCCGGAUUUCCUCUGCAUAACUCUAUCGUUAAGGUUUUUCUGCAGCAGGUGAAGGACGGAAAAUGGGAUGAAAGUGUUGUAUCAUUGCACAGAAUCGGUCUGCCUGAUGAAACGGCGGUCAAAUCUGCGUCUUUCUUGCUCCUCGAACAAAAAUUCUUUGAGCUUCUGAAAAUUGAAAAGAUAGUUGAUGCGCUGGGCACCUUAAGGAAUGAGAUUGUGCCUCUUCAUAUUAAUUCAAAGCGUGUUCAUGAGCUCGCUUCCUCCCUUAUAUCACCUUCAAACUUUAUAUCACAUACCAGUUCGGCUCCAGGUAAAGAAAGUGUGAAUGCAAGGUCCAAGGUUCUGGAGGAAUUGCAAAAUUUGCUUCCUGCUUCUGUUAUGAUCCCAGAAAAGAGGUUGGAGUAUUUAGUUGAGAAUUCCCUUCAUAUACAGCGGGAUUCUUGUGUUUUCCAUAAUACACUGGAUAGUGAUUUGUCUCUGUUUUCUGACCACCAAUGUGGGAAACACCAAAUUCCUUCUCAGACUGUUCAGAUCUUGGAGUCGCACACUGAUGAAGUUUGGUUCUUGCAAUUCUCACAUAAUGGCAAAUAUUUAGCUUCCUCUUCCAAGGAUCAGACCGCAAUUAUAUGGGAGAUCAACGCAGAUGGGCACAUUUCAUUGAAGCAUACACUUGUGGGCCAUCAGAAACCCGUGAUUGCCAUCUUAUGGAGUCAUGACGAUCGUCAAGUUAUUACAUGUGGAGCAGAAGAGGUUAUCAGACGCUGGGAUGUUGAUUCAGGAGACUGUGUUCACACGUACGAGAAAGGCGGUAUGGGUCCCAUUUCUUGCGGAUGGUCACCUGAUGGCCAGGGAAUAAUCGCCGGGAUGACAGACCGAAGCAUCUGCAUGUGGGAUUUAGAUGGUAGAGAGAUGGAAUGCUGGAAAGGUCAGAGGACACAAAAGGUAUCGGAUAUUGCCAUGACGGAUGAUGGCAAGUGGCUCGUAAGCGUAUGCAAGGACUCUGUGAUAUCCCUGUUUGAUAGGGAAGCGAAUCUUGAGAGACUGAUCGAAGAAGAAGACAUGAUUACCUCCUUCUCUCUUUCGAAUGACAACAAAUAUCUUCUGGUAAAUCUCCUCAACCAGGAAAUCCGUCUCUGGAAUAUCGAAGGUGACCCCAAGAUUGUGUCGAGAUACAAAGGCCACAAGCGUUCACGAUUCAUCAUCAGAUCAUGCUUUGGUGGGUAUAAACAAGGUUUCAUCGCUAGCGGAAGCGAGGAUUCUCAGGUAUACAUAUGGCACAGAUCUACAGGGAAGUUAAUCGUUGAGCUGCCAGGUCAUGCAGGAGCGGUUAACUGCGUGAGCUGGAACCCAACGAACCUUCACAUGUUGGCUUCAGCGAGCGACGAUGGAACCAUAAGGAUAUGGGGACUUGACCGGAUUAACCCACAGAACCAGAAGAAGCAAGUGCAAGCAAGUAGUAGCAAUGGUGUGCUUCACCGAUGCAAUGGGAAUUGA